CGUCCAAAGCGCCACUCCCGCUGCGUCAUUUAGAGGCGACGAAAUCGAAAAACCGAGUGGGAGAUUCGAAUGUUACGACUGCAAAGUUAGAGCUAUAUGCAUAUGCUAUUUUCUGGUGUAAUACCAUUAAACAAUUACUUAAAACAAAACGUUACUUUUAACCUUUGUUGCAAUAUUUUGCGUUCUGGUGGUUACCGGAAGACACUUUCUCAUUCUGGCUCUUUUCGAAGUGGAUUGUUGUCAUUACCUAGCAAGCUAACUGUGUUAGCUAAGAAUGUAGCUGGCAAACGAUGACAGCAUAAAUAUCUAACGUUAGGUUACUUCUAACAAAUCUCAACAGUCAAUUGAUAUCAGAGAAGACACAGGGAGAUUUGUGUGAAGAUGGCCACAGCAAGCAAGACCCCACCUGGUGCAGACCCCAAGCAGUUGGAGCGGACGGGCACAGUGAGAGAGAUUGGUUCCCAGGCAGUGUGGUCCCUCUCAUCCUGCAAGCCUGGUUUCGGGGUAGACCAGCUACGAGAUGACAACCUGGAGACCUACUGGCAGUCAGACGGUUCACAGCCACACCUGGUCAACAUUCAGUUCAGAAGAAAAACCACGGUAAAGAUGCUUUGCAUUUAUGCAGAUUACAAGUCAGACGAGAGCUACACGCCCAGCAAAAUCUCAGUUCGAGUUGGAAACAAUUUUCAUAACUUGCAAGAGAUCCGGCAGUUAGAGAUGGUGGAGCCCAGUGGCUGGACCCACAUCCCCCUGCUGGACCUGCUGAACCGGCCCAUCCGCACCUUCAUGAUCCAGAUCGCCGUGCUGGCUAACCAUCAGAACGGCCGCGACACGCACAUGCGGCAGAUCAAGGUCUACACGCCCGUGGAGGAGAGCUCCAUCGGCAAGUUCCCACGAUGCACCACUGUGGACUUCAUGAUGUACCGCACCAUCAGAUGAUGCCCGGUCCUGCCCACGUUCCCGCAGUUAAAUUUCAGUUUUCAUGUUCAAUUCAGGGUCUUUUCCACCUGUGCUAUUUCAGCUAGACUGGACUGAAUAUCUACACCAAGAACACCCCCCCUACCAAAAAAAAAAAAAGCCAUGAUUUUUAGAAGUUGUUUUUGUGUGUCUGGAUUAAACUGAGUUCUGAGCUCUGCUGUGUCCAUUUCAUCCAAUCAAAUCCCUGCGCUGAGGAAGGGUGAGCGUGCUUAAGCCUCUUUUCUUUCUCUCCACCAGAGGUCAGCAUUUUACCAAGAAAAUAUAGUUUUUUUCCACCAUUGUGCCAUGUAGUUACUCUUUGCUGGAAAUGGAGUACAAGUCUAUUGUAAUUACAUAUUUACUCUGCCGUACUGUAGCAGCGCUCAUCUAAUUGGUAUUAAAAUGCCAAGAGUCCUCAAAAACGUCUGUUUGUAAGUAAAUUAUUGAUUAUGUAAUUUGUAAUAUUUUGGAAGGAUUAGCAAGGAUUGUAAACUGGGUAUUGUAUUAAUAAUUGCAGAUCUUAGUGCUCUGGCGUUUCCACCACCAUGUUCAUUUCUGCCUUGUCUCAUUAUUCCUUUAUGUCAUUUGGAUGGUCUGACAUCCCUAUAAUAUAAAGCCUUGUGAAGGUCAGGGAAUCCAGAAGGAGUCCUUAGGAACGCCAUGGCAACCGCCAGUGACCUCAUACCAGAGGGAUUUCCUGCUUCACAAGGCCCUGGUUACCUGUUUCUUCUCCUGCAUCCUGGUAACUUCAUCUACAGGCAGUUCACUGUCAGCCACGGCACAAGUUCCACAAGUUCAUAAGUCCAGAAUAAAUACCACAAGCUAAAAAACAUUGGUAUGAAUCGCAUCCAAAGUGACAUCUCUGAGAGAACAAGGUUAGAGUUGUGUGCUAACACCAACUAUUUCCAGAAUUGCAUCAUUGUGCAAUUUUCCCCCAUGGUAGCUCUGCUCGCUAGAACUCAGACCUAUGUUUCUUAAUCUAAAGCUGUUGGCCAUUCCAUUACUCUGUCCACAGCAGGAAGGGAGAUCAUAAGAUCCAGUUUUCUCCUGGUGAGUGUGAGAGUUGAACUUUGUAAAACAGCUGUCUGUUUCAAAGGGCAAGAGUAAGUUGUGUCGAAACACUCCCCAAAAAACAUAAUAAAACAAUAAAAAAACAGCAACACAAUAAAUGAGUCUUAAACUCUU